AUGGAAUACAAUUCUCAUGUAUGGGCCGGUGCUUCGAAGUCUAUUUUGGAGUUACUCGACCGCUUACAGGAGAGCUCGAAGGUGCUUAUCGGUGACAAUAGGGUAUCCAACUCUAUUUAUUCUCUGGAGCAUCGUCGCAAUGUGGAUUGUGUUUCACUGUUCUAUCGAUACUACAAUGGAAUGUGUUCUGAAGAAAUUAGGGAACUUGUUCCCGAUACCCGUAGUUUCACACGAAAUACGCGUUCAUCAGCGAGGGCUCAUCCAUUCGUGUUCGAUUGGUCAGUGGAUAGCACAACACACUACAGAGAAAAUUCGUUUUUCAGCCGUACCGUUCGUAUGUGGAAUAAACUUCCUGUCGAAGUAUUUCCUGUCCCUUUCAAUGCAGGAAAAUUCAAAUCAAAUGUCCACAAACACUACUCCCUCUAUACUCCUUCCAAUAACCUAUUUUCCUAG